AAAGACUCCAGUCUGUAGCUCUAGUUUGAAAAUGAUCUCACUACAACUUGCAACGUGUGUGUUUGUACAGAUCAUGAUGCGCUGACAACCAGGAGUGGCCUGAAGACAGUGCUUGUACAGUAAUAAGGACUUCACUUGCAACUUAGGACCUUUAAAAGAAACUGCAGCUGUCUUGUGUUGUGAAAUGAUGCAGCUGGAAGCACCAGAGGCUUAUCGCACUCAGUUGACAGCAGAGGGCCUCCGGGUCUUGCUGCCACAGGGACAUGCAGUGAAGCAGAGUCCAGUGUCUUCUAUUGCAACCAUCCGAGAGGAUGGUUCUUUCGACCUCACAGCCAUUGCACAGAAGCUUUGCCAUGACAGGCUGCGCCGCCUGGUGCUCUGGGAGGUCUUGGCGGUGUUCCUUCAGAGUCUCGUGGUCUUAAGCCUCGGCCUGGUGUUGCAAGAGUUGGAAUUUGGCCUUCCAACUUGGCUCAGCUUGUUGGGAGAGGCUGCGGAACACCCUGCCUGGCGUUCGGUUCCCUUUGCACUGUUGAUUGUUCUGGCUCGUUUCUUGCAGCAAGUGGCAAAACACAGGCGUGUAAAGAUCGUGGAGCAGGCAUCUUCUGCCCUGUGCGCCUUCCUCUUUCGGCGUGCCACGACCUCGGGUGCCGCCGCCGCCUGCAGCGUGGCGGAGCUGCUGAAUGCUGUGCCGCGUUUGGUUGAGGCUACAGCGAAGGGCUCAAGGCCUGAAGGGCCAACAGAGCUGCACAAGUCCCUCGCCACGUGCGGAUAGCUUCAUGACUCAUGAGACCAAGUCUUGGAUCCACACCA